AAUCCUACCAUGUGUUUACAAAAAUAAUCAAAUUCUAAUUUUUAACUUUUUAAUUGUAGAAUAAAAAAAAUACUUUGUGAAAUAUUAAAUAUAUUAAAAACCAAGUGUGAAAAUGAGUAAAUUACAAAACAAACAAAAGAUUAAAAAGAAUAAACAUCCAAAUGAAUCGAAAAAUUCUUCUAAAAUUAAAAAUAAUGAAAUUUCUAAAAAGGUAGAAAAAGUUUCUGUGAAUGCUGAUGCUCCUUCAAAGCCAAGUAUCUUAACGAAGAAAACAAUUUCAAAAACCACAAGUAAACUACCAGAUGUCAAGGACUUUUGGAAUUUAGAAGUAAAACAAAACUCAAAAAAGCAAAAGGCAGUCGAAGAUGAUGAUGACAGUCGCAAUGUGAAAAAGCAAAGACUUACAGGAGCUGAACGAUAUCAAAGAUACAUUGAUGAAGAAGAAAGAAUAAGAAAGAUUGAAGAGGAACUUGCUGAUCCCAACAUCGAUCCUCACACACCAGAUCAGUUUGAAAGAGCACUUUUAAAAGAUAGAAACAGCAGUUUCAUGUGGAUCAAGUAUAUGGCAUUCCAUCUUGAAACAGCAGAAACUGAAAAGGCUCGUGCUGUUGCAAAAAGAGCUUUAGCAGCGAUUAACUUCCGAGAAGAAGGAGAAUUGUUGAACGUUUGGAUUGCUCUUUUGAAUCUUGAAAUUCGUUUUGGCACGGAUGACAACUACAACGAAACACUUCGAGAAGCUGUUCAAAGAAAUGAUCCCUUCAAAGUUUAUUCUCGCACACUUACAGUGUUACUUGAAAUGGAGAAAUUUGAGGAAUCGAACAAUUUUGUUGACAUACUGAAGAAGAAGUUCAAGCCGCUUCCUGAUAUGUGGCUGCAAGUUAGCGAAGCGUAUUUAAAAAUGAAAAACGAGAAACAAGCAAAAGAAAUUCUCCCAAAAUCAUUAUUAAGUCUUAAGGAGAGAGAUCAUGUUGAGUACAUGGUUAAAUAUGCAUUAAUGGCAAGCAGAUACGACUUAAACGACUUCUCACAAACAAUCUUUGAGAAGAUCCUCUCAAGUUAUAACAAAAAACUUCCAGUGUGGUUCACUUACAUUAACAUGAUGACGAAAACUGGUGAAGUUGACAUUGCGCGAUCUUUAUUUGAACGAAUUUUAGUUAUUCAAUUUCCAAUGAAAAAAUUAAAAACAAUUUUUCAAAAGUACGUCGAAUUUGAGACCCGACAUGGUAAUGCUUCUAAUAUUUCAAAAAUUAAGAAAAUGGCAAGAAAUAUGUUAGAACAGGAAGCUGGAUCUGAAUAAAAAAAAUUACAAAAGUAUUUCGUUUGACAUUUUUAAUGUUUAUU